AUGUAUCAUCAUACUCCCGAAUCAUUAUUACCUCGAACAGACUCGAAAAAUCCGAAUUCAACAUGUCACGGUUUAUCAUCGAACGGAAAGCCAUGUCGAAGAGGCCUUUCUAAAUCACCACAUGCUUCACCGAGUCCGAGUCCUUCAAGAGGAGCAUUGAGUUCAGAUGCAUUUUGUUGGCAACAUAAAGAUCAAGCUGGACAACCGGCUCCACUUGUUCAACCUCGACCAAAUACCCUUCGUGAACGGUCGAGCGUAGACACAUUAGUGGAAAGAUUGGGACUCCUCGAGGUUGACCAGAAGAAAAAUAAAGGGAAACAACGUCAAACUGGAGAAGAUAAUCGUGGCAGACGACCCGGCUCAAAUAGCGCUUUGAGAAAUGAGCAGCAACAUGCCGACAACCAUGGAAGACCUCAAAGGCAACAACAGGGACAAGAAUGGCAUCAAGCACAAGCACAUCAAUUACAAGAACCUGGAAGACAAGAACAUCAUAAUGAUACGUCUGCUACAAAUGGUGGUCGGGCGAGACGCAAAAGAAGUAAUUUAGAAUUGUUAUGUUGUGGUGAACCGGAUGAUUCGGAUGCACCAAGACCACAACAAAAAAUGCAUGAAGUAGCUUCUUCCUCUCACGUACCAAGUUCUCACACGUCAGAUCACCUCGAUGUGCCCUCUCAUUCCGGUCGGCCUUCUUCCAGACCAAAUACAUCUUCAUCAAGGCCUUCACAUUCUAAGCAACCUGAAAUGCUUCAGCGUCCUACUAUGGAUCGGGAUCCAUCUUCAAGAACGGGAGAAUUACUAGCUCAUAUCCCUUCAUCAGCAAGCCCACAGACAACAGCUGCAUUACUAGCAGAAUUAGCAAAACCAAUUUCCGAUGCUGAUCUUCCUGGAUUUAUAUAUAUGUUUUGGUUGACUGAUGAAGGAUUACCUACGGGACCUUCCGAUGAAGCUGCUGGUUCUCUUUUAACACCAACGACAAAGUCAGGGUCUGGCCAUCGACGUACUUCUGAUGUCCUUGAAUCCUUUACUUCUGCUCCACCAGACAAAAAUGAAAAAACAAUGCUUCUCAAGAUUGGUAGAGCCGAGAACGUUUUUGCGAGAAUGCAACAGUGGAAAAAGCAAUGUGGUUACAACCUUGCUUUAAUUCGAUACUACCCUUACCAUGAUUCUUCGAAACAGCCAUCGAGAAAUCCUAGUGAAAAUGAUGGUCCUAAGAAGGUUCCAAAUGUACACAAGGUGGAAAGAUUAAUUCACAUUGAAUUAAUGGCCAAAAGAGUGAAUUGUGGAAAAUGCAAAACAUGUGGGAAAGAGCAUAGAGAAUGGUUUGAAAUAGAUGCGAAUAGAGAUGGAGUCACGAUGGUGGACGAGGUUAUUAAGCGAUGGGUAGACUGGGCUGAGAAGGAUGAAGCGUCUAGACAUGGACAUAGAUAG